AUCCAUUAGAAAUGGAAAAGCAGCGUCGCGAUUCAUUUCCAAACAUUCUCCAUUCUCUCCACAAUUGUUUUCGAUAGGUUUUAGCGCGGUUACCAUUAAAAGUAAACUGAAACAGUCGGAAUUUCUAAAAGAAAAAGUAUAAUUAUAAAGUCAAAUUAAUAAUAUUAAACAAAUGCUUGAGCUCCGUGUUUAUAAAUUUGUUUGUUUUGUUUAUAUCGUUUUUAGUUAUUGUUCGGGUAAAGAAUAUGUGGUGAGAAUUGAUGGUGGGCCACUUGUUGCCGAACUUUUGGCCGUAGAAACGGGGCACGUGUUUAAAGGACCGGUUCUCGGCUUUGAUGACACUUACGUAUUAUUAGCAACGGACAAUCCUACACUGCUGCCAAAUGAACGAAAAAGAGGAUAUACAGGGAAAAGGAUUUCGGAUGAUCAAAGGGUAUUGUGGGCUGAGGAACAGCAUGUCAAAUCAAGACAAAAAAGAGAUUUUCAACCUCUGGAUCCUUCGGAUAUUCCUAAAGAAAGAACGAAGAGGGUGGAAUUAGAAAAUACACUAUCCAGAUCUAACGAAAAUAGAACAAAAGCUGGGCAAAUUAAAACUAGAAAAAAACGAUUUAUUAUAUCUGUCGAAAAUGAAAAGACUGACCAUACGUUUAAUGAUGAAUUAUGGAGCCAGCAGUGGUAUUUGAAAGACACAAGGACACAACUAGACCUUCCAAAGCUCGAUUUAAACGUUCUUCCUGUAUACAAAUCCGGAAUAACAGGAAAAGGCGUCAGAGUAACCAUUCUGGAUGACGGUCUGGAGUAUACCCACGAUGACUUAAACAACAAUUACGAUGCAGAGAUCAGUUACAAUUGCAACGAGGAAAAUGGGAACCCAUUGCCCAGAUACGAGAUAACCAAAUCGAACAGCCACGGGACCAGAUGUGCUGGUGAAGUAGCCAUGGUGGCGAACAAUAUGAAAUGCGGUGUUGGUGUUGCGUUUAAUGCCAGGAUUGGUGGUGUAAAAAUGUUGGAUGGUUUGGUAACAGAUCGCAUUGAAGGCACAGCGCUAGGAUACGCUCAACAUUUAGUAGAUAUAUACAGUGCUUCGUGGGGUCCCAAUGAUGACGGUAAAACUGUAGAUGGCCCAGGAAGACUUGCAAGAGAAGCUCUUGAAAGAGGAAUAAGAACAGGAAGAAAUGGAAAAGGAUCGAUUUACGUUUGGGCAUCUGGAAAUGGAGGCAGUCGAGGUGACAACUGUAACUGUGACGGUUACCUAGCCAGCCCGUACACGAUUUCCAUUGGUAGUGCUUCCCAAAAAGGAGAAUUUCCCUGGUAUGGAGAAGCUUGCGCGUCCACGUUGGCCGUGACAUACAGUAGCGGCGCGUACAAGGAUCAAAUGAUAGCUACCACAGAUCUAAACAACAAAUGCACCAUAAAACAUACUGGCACGUCAGCUUCAGCACCUUUAGCAGCUGGAAUCAUAGCUUUAGCUUUGGAGGCAAACCCAUCUUUAACAUGGAGAGACGUCCAGCACCUGAUAGUGUGGACCUCGGAACUGGCCCCGGUGGCCGAGAAUCCAGGCUGGCAGAAAAACGCAGCCGGUCUGUGGUUCAGCACGAAAUUCGGCUUCGGCCUGAUGAACGCUUUCGGCCUGGUGUCGGCCGCGGCCAAUUGGACCAACGUGCCGGAAUACCACACGUGUGCGGUCGCCUUUAGCGGAGCGGCGAAUUCAAAAAUAACGUCUGGCAAUCCGGCAAAGGUAACAGCCCAAUCGACAGGAUGUUUGGAUACUAAGGAUCAAGUUACUUUCCUGGAACAUGUCGAAGUUAGAACCACAAUCAACUACACUGUGAGAGGAGCGCUAGAAAUACAAUUAACGUCACCGGCAGGAACUACUGUCCAACUUUUAGCCCCUCGAAAAUUUGACGUCAGUUCUAAAGGUUUCAUCAAUUGGACAUUUAUGUCAGUCAUGACUUGGGGAGAACUAGCCACUGGGACUUGGACAUUAGUUGUUUCAGAUAACACGGGACACACAGCGAACAUUGGCUAUUUAGGCGAAACUACUUUGAUACUACGUGGUACCGAGGAGCCCCCGUCGCACAUGAGACAUGGACCUAGAAAUUACAACGAAGAUUAUAAUAGAAUUCAUAACAGAGUCGAACAGGCUAAACUAUCGAAUAUGCCAUAUAAGCGACCCAGUACGCCCUUUGAUUACGACUAUUACAACUAUUUAAAUUGAUUGUAUAUGGAAUAUAUAAAAAGAAAUGUAAAAAAUAGUAUUAAAUAAACGCACUUAAUAAUA